CAACAAACCCAGUAGUCGAGCAGCACUGCGCUCCAGCGUUUCUAUUGGUUUCUCGAGCUGCUGUUCUUGUGUCGGGCGCGAUGCGGAUUUACAAGCUGAUUUUGGGACUCUUCGUCGUUUCGUGCUCUGAGGGCAAACGAAAUGCACUCCAGGACUACCAGAAAUCUGAUGGCAUCCAACUGGUUGCAUCAUCUCCUGAUGCCUCCCACCUGACCAGAAGCAGAAAGCUGAGCAUAUCCAAGUGUGCCAAAGCCUGCAGCCGCAACAAAAGACUCCCCUUCACCUGCAGAGCGUUCCUCUAUGAUCACAGCAACAGGAAAUGCCAGUGGCUUUCAUUUGACAGAAACUCUCCAGGAACUCACAGCCAUCAGAAUUUCAGCUACCAACUCUAUCAAAAAAAAGACUAUGUAAGAGAAUGCGUAGUGGGGACAGGCCAGAGUUACAGAGGGCAGAGGUCAGUGACGGUGAAUGGGAUCCUGUGCCAGGCCUGGGCCUCCCCCAUUCCUCAUGAACACAAAUUCAUGUCGAAGAGAUUCAGGAAGAAGGACCUCAACGAAAAUUACUGCCGCAACCCAGACAACUCCACCGUGGGUCCGUGGUGUUUUACCACCUCACCACACUUCAGACACCAGGAGUGUGGCAUACCACAGUGUUCCCACGUUGAGUGCAUGUACUGCAACGGGGAAGAUUACAGAGGGCCUAUGGACCACACGGAGAGCGGGAGAGAAUGCCAGCGGUGGGAUCUGGAUGAACCACACAAACACCUGUAUCACUCUAAAAGAUACCCGGAGAAGGGCCUAGACGAUAACUACUGUAGGAAUCCAGAUGGACGCCACAGACCGUGGUGCUACACCACCGACCCGAGCACACCCUGGGAGUACUGCAGCAUCAAAGUCUGUGAAACACCUCCAAAGAGUAAUGAAGUGGAAACGACAGAGUGUUACCGUGGCAGAGGAGAAAACUACAGGGGGAUGGUAGACACGGCACGUACUGGACUCACCUGCCAACGCUGGGAUUCUCAGCAUCCCCAUAACCACACAUUCAUACCUCAAGCCUACCCAUGCAAGGACCUGAGAGAGAACUAUUGCCGGAAUCCAGAUGGUCAAGAAUCCCCCUGGUGUUUCACUACAGACCCAAGAGUCCGCACGAUGUCCUGCACCAACAUCCCUCAGUGCAACGCCCAGAACAGGCCUGUCACUGACUGCUAUGAAAGCUUUGGCGAGAAUUACCAAGGAGCGCAGUCGAAGACGAGAUCAAACCUGCCAUGUGCUCCCUGGAGUGACCACCCCAACAGAGGGGAGCGGGGCAUGCUGAUGGCUGGCCUGGAGGAAAACUACUGCAGAAAUCCUGAUAAGGACAAACAUGGUCCCUGGUGUUACAUCAACAAUUCUGCCAUUCCCUGGGACUACUGCAAUGUAAAACCUUGCGAUGCUCCACAGAACACAAUUCCACCAGUGGAACUGUCCUCUGUCAGCUGUUUUGUCCAUAAAAGAACCAGGAUAGUCGGAGGUGGUCCAGUCGGCAUAUUGGACGGCAGCUGGGUGGUCAGCAUACAGAAAGGAUCAGUUCACUGGUGUGGUGGUUCACUUAUACGAGAGGAGUGGGUGCUUACUGACAGAGAGUGCUUCUCCUCCUGCGUUCCAGACCUCAGUGAGUAUCGGGUGUGGCUGGGUGUCUCUGACAUCCGAGAGGGGACUCCCGACUGGUCCAGGAGACAGGAAGUCAGCAUCGCUCAUGUGAUAUGUGGACCUGAAGGCUCCAGUUUAGCCUUACUGAGACUGUCUAAACCUGCGCUUCCUGCAAACAAUGUCCAUACGAUUCAGCUGCCUGUGGCUGGAUGCUCCAUCCCUGCGGGAACAAUUUGUAAAAUGUAUGGAUGGGGAGAGACCAAAGGCACGGGCUAUGAGGAUGUAUUAAAGGUAGUGGAUUUGCCCAUCAUCGGCAUUGACAGGUGCAGAGGGAUGCACAGAGGUAACCUCCACAUUACCAACACCAAGAUCUGCGCAGGAGGGAAGAGGAACGAGGGAGUGUGUGAGAGGGAUUAUGGCGGUCCUCUCGUGUGUCAGGAUGGUGAGAUCAGAGUUAUCGUCGGCGUAAGUGUUCAUGGCAGAGGCUGUGCUCGGGCCAACCAACCUGACAUCUUCAUUAAUGUUCCCUACUACACACAGUGGAUCUACAAGGUCUUCAGAUAUUACCCCAACCCCGAGGUCGUUUGGAGCCUGACAAAAAAAUAAAUCUCAAUCACGGGACUAAAGUUGGAACUAGAGGCUUUUUUCUUUUUUUUCUUUAACGCGAGCAACUCAGGACACCUGGUUUCUGUAUGUUGUACCCUUAUGGGGUCUUACACAUGAAGGCAAUAGUUUGAGGAUGCACUUAUGAUAUGAUGGAAGAUUAAAAACCUUUAGCAAAUGCCGUAUUGAUUUUACUGACAAAAUGUCUUUUCUUUUCAAAUACUUGCUUUUUUCAGGUAAAAAAAACAUCCCAGAUAUAAAAGGCAAAGGCACUGAUGGUGGAGCUAUACAUAUAACUGUCAAGGUGACAACUGGACACCCAUUCAGUCAUAUUUUGAAAUAAUUUGAAGAAAUUUAAGAAUUUUAAUAGGAUUUAUGUGUCAAAAUUAUGUUAAGAAAACAUCCUGACUUUUGGACUCAAUGUGCAUCAUCAAAAUCUCCUUUUCAUACGAGGCAAAACAUACAAAAUGUGUUGGAGACACGAACCAGACCCACUGACAAACGAGUAGUAUCCAUCUGCACGGGUCGAAGGUUGUUGUCUUUUGCUUUUGUGUGUUUAUUGCACAUUUGGUUUCAAAGACUGGGUGUCUUAGAGUUACACUAGGAAAGGAACCACUGGAGCAGCUAGCAAUGGAAACGUUUCAGUUCAAGUUGAAUGUUGACUGAACAAUGGACGUCUUGAGUUCGAAGCAGAAAUUACGCUUUUCAUCCAUUUCCCUAUUUUUCACCACUAUCAACCAGAGAUGUGUGUAUGUGAAUUCUCUUGAAUCCUGGCAUUACUUGAAUUAUUUGAACACCAAAUGCAGUGUUUCAGCAGCUCCUUUUGUAGAGUACAUCAAUGGGCCACUUGGAAAACCAUCCAGUGGUAGGGCAGCGCUAAGGGCACUCUCACCAGGGACUUAAAUAAAGUGGUCCUUAAUGUAAAUAGUAUUUUAAUGAGUGGAUUUGUGACACUCUAGAUGUAAUUUAGGUCUUAUAGAUCUUUGGCAGGGAAAAAAAGGCAGAAAAUUGUGAUAGGCAAGUGACAUAAAUUGUGCUUUCACUGUUAAAUUUCUAUCUCAUAAUGAUGCCAGAUUUACUCCAUUUUCAGUGUCGUAACGUUAUCACAUUACCACUGUCUGUAUAUAUGAGAUAUGUGUAUACGUUGAAUGUAUCGUUACCCAACUUUCAUAAGAUUUUGAAAACAAAAAAGACCAAAAACAAAAAAAAAGGAAGUUGUAUCAUUCAUGCAUACACAGAGGCUCUUUCUAUACAAAUGUUUCAAGUGUUAAUUCAUCAUGUGCGUGUCCAUUUUUCUUUUCUUUUUUUAUGUAUUAUAUUUUUUUUCUGCAGCAGUGUCAAUGUGAAAAGAAAUCUGCAGAGGGAGAAAGUGUAUGUGCGUGUGUGUAUAUCUUUGAGCCAGAGCUGAAUGAAUGAUCCGUGCGCUCAGACGUUGGCACCCCAUCUGUCCCAUCCCACUCUGGAUAGCAGUGUCACAGAGCCUGCUGCUCCAAGCUUCGUGACUGGAAUGGUUUUUGUAACUGAGUUGCUGUAACGGGCCCCACUGUGAUGACUCAUUGGCCCUUCGACCAAUUAGCAUGUCUUUUUUUUUCACCCGUGUAAAUGACUGAGAUGGUUUUUAUAUUAUUAAACAAUCUCGCAUAUAUGUUUGUGUGAGAAUGAUAAAACGGUGUAAGUGUAUGAGUGCACUGAAAGAUGCUAAAAGCUGCUAUAUUCUAAAGAUUGUACAGUAUUGCCUUAUGUUUUCUGUAUCUUAUCCCAUAUAUUAAAUGAUAAACCAAGUU